AUGGCGGCCUCCAUGAUGACCGGUCGCCUCUCGGCCGCCGCGGCGCUGCGGACUCACGGCCCGCGGACGGCGCUCUGCGCCGCCGCCGCCAAGGUCCUGGGAAGCUCUGGAUUGUUCAGCAACCAUGGAUUCCAGGGGCAGCAGCAGCCGCGGAGGAAACUUUCCCUACACGAGUACCUGAGUAUGGAACUGUUGCAAGAGGCCGGCAUUUCUGUUCCCAGUGGACAAGUGGCAAAAACACCAGAGGAAGCUUAUUCAAUUGCCCAAAAAUUAGGUUCAAAAGAUGUUGUGUUAAAAGCACAGGUCUUAGCAGGUGGCAGAGGAAAAGGAACAUUUGAAGGUGGCCUCAAAGGAGGAGUGAAAAUAGUUUUUUCGCCAGAAGAAGCUAAAAAGAUUUCUUCCCAAAUGAUUGGGAAGAAGCUAUUUACUAAGCAAACAGGCGAAAAGGGCAGGAUAUGCAAUCAAGUACUUGUCUGUGAACGUAGAUAUCCCAGGAGGGAGUACUACUUUGCAAUAACAAUGGAAAGGUCAUUUCAAGGUCCUGUACUAAUAGGCAGUUCUCAAGGUGGUGUCAAUAUUGAAGACGUAGCUGCAGAGAAUCCUGAUGCCAUAGUUAAGGAACCUAUUGAUAUCAUGGAAGGCAUCAAAAAGGAACAGGCUGUCAGGCUUGCCCAGAAAAUGGGAUUUCCUGCCAACCUUGUGGAUCCAGCAGCAGAAAACAUGAUGAAGCUGUAUAACCUCUUUAUGAAAUAUGAUGCCACUAUGGUAGAAAUAAACCCAAUGGUAGAAGAUGCAGAUGGAGUUGUGCUCUGUAUGGAUGCGAAGAUUAAUUUUGAUUCCAAUUCUGCAUAUCGCCAGAAGAAAAUCUUUGAUCUGCAGGACUGGACACAGGAGGAUCAAAGAGAUAAAGAUGCAGCUAAGGCAGAUCUCAACUACAUAGGACUGGAUGGAAACAUAGGCUGUCUAGUGAAUGGUGCUGGCUUGGCUAUGGCCACAAUGGAUAUAAUUAAACUUCAUGGAGGUACUCCAGCCAAUUUCCUUGAUGUUGGUGGUGGUGCCACAGUCCAUCAAGUAACAGAAGCCUUCAAGCUGAUCACUUCAGAUAAAAAGGUGCUGGCUAUUCUGGUAAACAUUUUUGGUGGGAUCAUGCGAUGUGAUGUUAUUGCCCAAGGCAUAGUCAUGGCAGUGAAAGAUCUGGAUAUUACGAUACCUAUUGUGGUACGGUUACAAGGUACUCGAGUUGAUGAUGCCAAAGCCUUGAUUACAGCUAGUGGUCUUAAAAUUCUUGCUUGUGAUGACCUGGAUGAAGCUGCUAAAAUGGUUGUAAAGCUCUCAGAAAUUGUCACCUUAGCCAAACAAGCUCAGGUGGAUGUGAAGUUUCAGUUGCCAAUCUGAUCCCGGAAACCUGUGGCUGACAAAGUGUUCAUGUGCUAUGUUCUCUGAAAUACUGUGUUCUGUGGUAUUCUUUCUUUCUUUGUUUCUCCCCCCUGUCACAUCGUGUGGAAGUUUUUAAUUGCCUUCCAGGCGCACAAAUAUUGACUUAUCUGGUCCGCAUUUAAUGAUUCUGUUCAAAAUGGUCGGUUCAAGAAAAGAAAGUCUAGUGCAGAUACUUAAUUUCUCCUUUUGAUGCAGCUUCCUUCUCCAGCUUCUGCUGAAUGUCACUUGCAAUAUGCUCGUUCAUUAUUGUCAGUAACAAAGUUUUUGGUUGGAAAGCUUCUUAUGAAUAAAAAAAACUGAAGGUAAACUUUAUUCUUUUCCCGAUUGGUUUCAGUAAUAAUAGUUCUAAUGGCUUGUGUCUCUAGUUAGAAGAGGAAUGUAUUGAAAUGUUUUAUAUCAGAGACAUUUAUCUACCUACCUAAAACCUACAAAUUAUUAUUUAUAAACAGUGCUUUCAAACACUCCCCAGAAUAUUUAAGCAUUCAGUGAUGUGACCAGUCGAUCAAUCGGACAAUAUGUUUUAAUCACUACAAAACUUACUGUAGCACUGAAAAUCCUCAUGAUUUUUGUGGUGCCGUUAAUAAGCACCAUCUAGUUUUGUAUAUGAACAAAUAAAGCAUAUUUACAGAGGGCUUGGCAGACUCAAAAGAAAUUGAAAGAUGUCAAUUUUAAGUUAAUAAAAUUCUCCCAAAUUGA